AUGGCAGAAAAUGGCUUGCAGAUAUCAGAAAGCAGCACUGUUGCGCCUCCCAAACCAACGGACACGGAGAACUCACAUAGUCGCAUCCUCACGGGGAAGCAAGAACACUACCUAAAGCGCGAGCUUAUCUCCCAACAAGUCAAAUACGAGAUUACGGAGCUGAACUCCCCAACCGCAUUGCGAAGAUUCGGCGCUCCCUUUAAAUCUGAUUUCGGUGAAGUUUCCCCACUCGAUUCCGACCUACCAAUCCUGCGGUAUCUCUUCGUCCAUCAUAUCCGAGAGUUCCCUUUCUUGGACAAGGCGAAGGAGAAGGAAUUCUGGCAAGACAAGCUGCAAGUGUUUCUCGAAUCCUUUGCCAAUAAACACAUCUCUUCCUCGGAAGAUAGACUUGAGGAGACGAAGCGCAAGAAAUUGUCUUUAAAAUGCCAGAAACUCGUGGAGUUGAUGAUGGUUUCGGGGAUCCCAACGGCUUCUGGAUAUGAGGAACGAAUACGCUUUUCGGAAAUGGAGGUUGUGGAUUCGGGGGCGAUUGAUCAGGGGGUUCUUUCGACGAUACCAGAGGGGCAUUACAUGAAUGGUUGGGAUGUUAACGUGGCGGGCGUCAGGACUACAAUGGUAAAGAGAAACAUUAGAUACCACAAACAUGCUGAAUUCGUUUUACGGGUCAAGAGAAAGGGGGAGCUGGAGUUCUUUGUUGGGAGACGAUAUGGGGAUUUUAAUAGACUUCACAAACGUUUACGGACGGAAUUGGCAGGCAAGGUCCUCCCUCCGAUGCCAAAGAAGAACAAGCAAAGCUCUACGGCCUCGAAUCUGAUCAGUGGGGUAAUGGGAGGCAAUGAUGAUGACGCAUCAUCUAUGUCUUCCGUUUCGACCAUGGGCACCGCGGGAGCUGAAUCAUCUAUGAAGAACUUGUCCGUUCGAGAUCAUCGCAGAUCUAUAUCGGCUAGUUCAGUGGGGAGAAUCUCACCCCGAUCCUCCACGGAUGGCCUAAAGCCACGUCUCCCUGCCGCUCAAAAAUCUGAAGGAGAGUCUGUUACGUUAUGGCGUGAAAAUCAGCGGAUAUCAUUACGAGCCUUCCUCCGCAGCCUUCUCAGCAACACCCAAAUUGCACAUACAAGAGCUAUUCAAGAUUUCUUGACCUUGCAACCAAUCACGCUCAAGGAUGAAGAUGUGGAAGAUAUUUCACGGCGAAAAUCCAUGGAUGAAAAGAGAGUUGAAGAACAAAAGAGAUUCUAUGAAAUCGCGAGGAAGCGUGCUGCAGAGCUGGAUGUCUACAUGGAGGAAUUCCGGCGUGAUAUCGUUGAGACUAACGGCCUCACUAAAUUGUUCAAGGAGAUCAAGGAAAAGCCAACGAUUCAGGAUCUCAGCGUGCAGUAUCAGAAAUUCGCCGAAUGGCUUCGUAUCGAAGUUGCUGCGACCAUUUACCAUCUUUUCCUGGCAGAGGACAAUUCGCCCGAGCUCUUUGCACAGGCGAAGAAAAUUCAUUCGAUGGUUCCAUAUACAAUCAUGAAGAACGCAAUUCGGAUUGCCAACCCUGCUGCUGUUAUGUCCAGCAUUUUAGAUAUAUUCCUAGCCCAACCAUUUGGUGCCAGAUCGCUUAUGCAACGGAUAUUCUCUAUGACCUUGAACGAUGGCAUCCGGAGCUUCCAGAGAUCCAUCGAUGCCCUUGUAGCAAAGAUUGGAGAACCUGUCUUUUGCCAAAAACUAAAGAAGUUCACCGAUGGUCCGGAAGACAUCAAAAAUCAGAUCAGAAAGGAGUCAACAACUGAUGAUGUGGAUUUGAUUGUGGUCAUUCUUCGAUCCGAGCUCAUUGAACCUCCACUAAACUCGCAGCAAAUAGGCAAAAUUUUCAAUGCAUAUGUUGCGUGGAAUAAUGCUGUGGAUAAUGUGGAUGAGGAAAUGAAGCAAGGCGCCCAGUUAUUUUCAUACAUGAAGCAGCUUUUGAAGCUGUAUACAAGGCAACGGGAUAAGGCUAUGAUGCUUAGCAUGAUCGAGGAGCCUGUCACUCUCCAGCUGUUGAAGGACUUGUUUACCAUCUUCUACGAGCCACUGGUCCGCGUCUACAAAUCGGCAAACGUCUACAAUAGUCUCACAGACUUUUCCGUCUUUGUCGACGAUAUGAUUCAAGUAGUCGAAACAUGCCGUGACCAAGAUGUCACCGCCGACCCCAACCAGACCGUGCAAGCUUUUAUCGACUUGUGCCAGCGCCACGAACACAAUUUCUACAAAUUUGUCCACGAGGUCCACACGCAUGACAAUGGGCUAUUCACCCAACUCAUGGCCUGGAUAGAAGGGAUCCUCGAGUUCCUACGUAAAGGCCCCAAAGGCGGAAAACUAGAUAUGAACGCCCUGUUUGAGGGCGCUUUAUCGGUCGGGCAGAUAGACAAAGAUAAAGCCAUAUCGGAAAUUGACGCCUUGAUUUCCUGGCAAGAGGCGCGCAAAAAAUGGCACCAAGAUAAAACCCGGCAGAAGAUGGCUGCAGAAGGCGGUGGCUCUAUGGGCGUGGAGGCGCUACCGGGGCAGAUGCAGUUUAGAAGCACCGAUUUUGGGGUAGACCAGAUGGAUUUGCAGGAUAUGAAUUAUGAGAAGGAUAGCAGUGAGGAUGAUGAGAACGAUAGCGAUGAUGAUUUGCAUCCGAUCGCGGCCGAGAGGAAGAGGAGAGCGAGAAGGCAAGAUCGUCUCCGACGGACAGCGGGUGAACCGACGAAACCAGAAGUGGCUGAGGUGGAGAAAUUGCGAGAUAGCUUUUUGAGUAUGUUGAGGAUGGUCCUCGCUGAGUAG